AGUAGAUAGCAUUGUCAAACAAUUAAUACAUCAGGCCAGGAAAUUGAUACGCGAACAUUAAAUAGAUGCUAAGAUUCCUGCCUUUUUGAAAUGCGAAUCUAUGCAUCAGAUCAAGUAAUAGUGACAUCAAUGACAAGAUCGGCCAUCAAUCUAUACUAAAUUGAUUGCUAGAGUUCUUCCAUCUUGUUGGAUGAUCAGGAAUACAAUUUAAGACCAACCAUAGAUUCAUUUUAGGCAUUGACACUCAAAUUAAUAGAUAGACCAAUAAUAGAUUUAGGAGAACUAAAUUAAAAUAAUAACUUGUCUGAUUAUUCCUCUACCAAUAAAUCUAUCCCCAGAAGACACUCCCUUAAAAAGAAGGUCGAUGUUCAAGUCACUAAUCUUAAACAACAAAAACCAACCACUGAAAUAACAUAGUAAGAUCACUAAGAAAUUUAUAAGCAAUAGAUGAACACUAAUAAUCGACAUUCAUUGAUUAUCAAACAAUAAAUCAGAGAUCAGGCAAAUAAAGUAACUUAACUCAAAAUAGAACACAUGGUUGUUGAUAAUUUGGAUCCAAAUGAAUUCAGAAAAAAAAUAUAAUAAUAAGCAGAAAAUUUGGUUAAAGAAAUCAAAUAAUAAGAUAGAUCAUUUCAAAUCAAAAAAGUCUCUGAUAAAUCAAUCGACACUAGCAAUUACCUUAAUCAAACUGAAAAACCAACAACUGCUCCUCAUGGACAAAGAAGACCCUAAUAUAUCAUAAAUAACAAAGUAACAGACCUAAAUGCCACUCUAUCCUAAUUCAAAAGGCAAUUAACUCCAGUAGAACAUAAACGACUUUCCAAAGUUCGAAAUGUCUCUAUGGUUUGA